GCAGCGGCUGUGGCCGGCGUGGCCCUGGCAGGGGCAGGAGCGGUGUGGCACCACGGCCGCGUACAAGCGGCCGCGCGCGAGGGCGGCCUUCAGGUGCUGGCGCAGAAAAAUGACUUGGGACCAAUAGAGAAACUUUCUCUACGUAAUCAGCGGUUCAUGCAGUUUUCAUCCCUGGAGCAUGAAGGAGAAUAUUACAUGACACCCCGAGACUUCCUCUUCUCAGUAAUGUUUGAGCAAGUGGAGCGUAAAACACUAGUCAAGAAGCUGGCAAGAAAGGAUAUCGAGGAUGUACUAUCAGGAAUCCAAACAGCACGCUGUGGAUCAACUUUUUUUAGAGACCUGGGUGAUAAAGGGGUAAUUUCAUACACCGAGUAUCUUUUCUUACUUACAAUCCUCACAAAACCUCACACUGGCUUCCAUGUUGCUUUUAAAAUGCUGGAUGCAGAUGGCAAUGAGAUGAUUGAAAGAAAGGAGUUUGUCAAGCUGCAGAAGAUCAUAAGUAAGCAAGAGGACUUCAAGACAGUGAAGACUAAUGAGACAGAAUACCAGGAACCAACAGUGAAAGAGCCUGGAAUUAACACAACCCUUCAAGUGCGUUUCUUUGGGAAAAGAGGAGAAAAAAAACUUCAUUAUAAAGAAUUUCGAAGAUUUAUGGAAAAUUUACAAACAGAAGUUCAAGAAAUGGAAUUCCUUCAGUUUUCUAAGGGUCUGAAUUUCAUGAGAAAGGAAGACUUUGCGGAGUGGCUCCUCUUCUUCACUAACACUGAAAACAAAGACAUCUACUGGAAAAACGUGAGAGAAAAGCUGUCCGUAGGAGAGAGCAUUAGUUUGGAUGAGUUCAAGUCAUUUUGCCAUUUUACAACGCAUUUGGAAGACUUUGCUAUCGCCAUGCAAAUGUUUAGCUUAGCUCAUCGCCCUGUGAGACUGGCGGAGUUUAAGAGAGCUGUGAAAGUAGCAACUGGACAAGAACUCUCAAACAAUAUUCUGGACACUGUCUUCAAGAUCUUUGACUUGGACGGUGAUGAGUGCCUAAGCCACGGGGAGUUUCUUGGAGUAUUGAAAAAUAGGAUGCAUCGAGGUUUAUGGGUGCCGCAGCAGCAGAGCGUGCAAGAAUACUGGAAAUGCGUGAAGAAGGAAAGCAUCAAGGGUGUCAAGGAAGCCUGGAAACAAGCUGGAAAGGGCCCCUUUUAAGGAAGAGAUGAGUAGCAAUUACAUCGUUUGAGGUGCCAGAAUUUGUGACAUUUUCUCAAAGAAUGAACUGUUUUUCUCUAAGUCUUCAUUGAGUUGCUUUGUAAAGAUGCCAUGUACUCAUUUUCUGAUUCAGGAAAUUGGGAGGGCGGGGGAAUAAGUGUGUGCCACGGUGUGCAUGUGGAAGCCAGAGGCCAGCCUGUGGGAGCCAUUCUCUCCUUCUACCUGGGAGUCCCGGAGAUUGAACUUGGGUCGUGAGCUUUGGCGUCAAGUGCCCUCACCAGAUACGCCAAGUCCCCAGCUCUGACUCAGCCAGUUCUUGGUAAAAAGAACAAAGGGUCCCUCUCCAAACACACACUGCAUUGUCAGAGGCCUGUAUGCAGAGCGAUGCUUUGUAGGCUGCACGCUCUAGGUCAUCACGGAGCUCAGACAUGAGGAUGUGAAAUGCUCUCUAGAAGGCUAAUCAAGUGCCCCAGGGAAAGGGACUUAGUUCUCAAGACAGGGAUGGAUGCCAGAAGCUGUGGGUUCCCGGGGAGUAAAUGCAGUCAAACGCUUGCUCCAGUUUCUCUUCGCCGUGUCCUGUCCUGUGUGACUGUUCCUUAGCAGUGUGUUCCCUGCCUUGAAAAUAACAUGUGACAGUGUCUUGUCUGGAAGCAGGAUAAAGUAUGUACAUUGUUACAAGGAAAAUAUGCUUUCUUUUAAAUUGUCCAUGCUUUUGAGAUAUAAAUGCAUUACCCUCUCCCAAACACAUGGGUUUGGGGGCUCAGCCUGCAUGGGACACAGCUGAGUACCACACUUUCCUAAACACACACACACACACACACACACACACACACACACACACACACCAUAAGAUCAAAGUCUUAUAAGAUAUAUUGGGUUGUGGGAAACAUUCAAGAUGGCACUAUAAAAUAGUAGGCAAUAAAAUCAAUAUGAAAUCAUGUUAAGGGGAGAUGUAUGUACAUGUUUAUGUAUGUGUGUACAGGUGGGCAUGUACAUGUAUGUGGAAGCCCCUGCUCCUGUAACCCCUCCCCCAUGUUCCUGAAGUACAACCCCAAUAAACCCAUUACUUCAUCAA